AUAUCUAUUCCUCACUAAAUUUUCAUUCUUCCCUCUCAGUCUCUCUGUAAUUUCAUUAUACGUUCCCUCUCACUCUCAUUCCUCUGUCCCGCUCUCUGGACUCCUCUGGCAUUGAAGAAUUUUCGCUAACAAUUCUCAUUGUCCCCCACGGUUGUUUUCGCCGACGCUCUCAAGCCUCCGACGCUUUUGCUCCGACGAGCCCUAAGAAACCCUAGACGGCGCCACCACAUUCAUCAGAAGAAUCGCCCAAGAGAGCUGGCGAAUCCCAUUGCUUUGUUUUUCAUUGUCGUUCAUCACCUGGAGUUGUAGCACCAAAGUGGUGCAGCAUUGUGUGACUAUUCGGAGUUACGAUGAUAAGCAAAAGCAUGCGGAGUGUGACAGGCUUCUUUGCACGAGAGUGGUCGGUUCAGUUAAUACGUCAAACACCUUGUUGUACUCUUACCUUGAAACUGUUCUGUGCUCAAGCGACACAAAACCAGGAUUCCCUGUCUCGGAGAAUCGAGAGACUCCCCAAAGGAGAACCCGUUGGCUCUGCUUUCCGCAGUUGGAUGAGAGAUGGCUUCCCCGUUCACGGCGGUGACGUCUUUCACUCCAUUAACCGGCUCAGGAAGCUGAACAAGAACAAACGCGCCCUUCAGGUGAUGGAAUGGGUAAUCAGGGAAAGACCCUAUAGACCUAGGGAACUGGAUUACUCUUAUCUUGUUGAGUUUACAAUUAAGCUUCAUGGGAUUUCACAUGGUGAGAAGCUUUUCUCCCGAAUUCCGGUUGAGUUUCACAAUGAGUUGCUCUACAACAAUCUAGUGAUUGCGUGCUUGGAUAAGGGUGUCAUAAGGCUUUCACUUGAGUACAUGAAGAGAAUGAGGGAAUUGAGGUUUCCCAUUUCGCACUUGGUUUUCAACCGUCUCAUAAUUCUUCAUUCCUCGCCAGGGCGCAAGAAGAUGAUACCCAAGUUGCUCACCCAAAUGAAGGCUGAUAAAGUUCCCCCACAUGUGUCCACCUACAAUAUUUUGAUGAAAAUAGAGGCCAGUGAACAUAAUCUCGAGAAUUUGUUGAAGGUCUUCUGUCGAAUGAAAGAAGCACAGAUUGAACCGAAUGAAAUAUCUUACUGCAUUUUGGCUAUUGCUCAUGCAGUGGCCAGAUUAUAUACUGCAACUGAAGCAUAUGUGGAAGCUGUGGAGAAGUCUAUUACAGGGAAUAACUGGUCAACAUUGGAUGUCCUACUUAUUUUGUAUGGGUAUCUAGGGAGCCAAAAAGAGGUGGAAAGAAUUUGGACCAUCAUUCAAGAACUUCCUUCUGUUAGAUCUAAAAGUUACAUGCUAGCCAUUGAAGCAUUUGGCAGGAUUGGACAGUUAAACAGAGCUGAAGAAAUUUGGUUAGAAAUGAAAUCAACCAAAGGAUUGAAAUCUGUAGAGCAAUUCAAUUCAAUGAUCUCUGUAUACUGCAACCAUGGAUUUGUUGACAAAGCAGCUAGAUUGUACAAAAUUAUGAAGACGAGUGGGUGUAAACCAAAUGCCAUAACUUAUCGUCAACUUGCUCUGGGGUGCUUAAGAUCUGCUGCUGGCCUCUGCUAGUGGUGUUGCAGGUGAGUACUGAACUCUGGCCUCUCGUGCUCUAAUUCCUUUAUAACCUAUUUCUGCUGAAUGGUCCUUGCCUCCAUUCUCUACUGUCCAUGAUACAGACCCUCUCAAGCCAGAACCUCCUCUCAACCAACCACAACCUCCAUCACAAGUUUUUCCAUCUACUUACUGAUUGUUAAUAGUGGCUUUCAAGAAUAGAAGAUUACAAUUGGGGUGAAUUUAGCACAACUGGGUGUUUUAUUGGAGAUAACAUGAUAAUUUAUUGGGCAUUGAUCCAUUCCAAAUAAAAAAAAAGGAUAAUAAUUAUAUAACAUUAUGCUUUCAUCUGAAUUAAUUUAAUUUUCGAAGUACUUUGUCAAAUUAUGUUUCAUUGCUCUUAGUGUAAUCAUGCCGGCUCUAUAUCUCGGCCAUAUAGUGGGACUGUCUAGCGCAGGCAAGCAUCCCUCAGUGAGCAAGCCAAGGAGGUAGCCAAAAAAUCAACUGGAUUUGCUAUCUCAAUGGAAAGAACACCCAUCCAAAAGUCUUGCAAUAUGGAUGAGUGGGAUAACACUAGCAUUUUCUAUCUCACUAUCAUCUAAUUACUGGAUUUCUUUUAUAUUGUAUUAGUGGAUGUAGAGAAGUUAUGAGCCAACAAAUAUUUUUUUUCAGUUUGAUUUAUAUAUUUACUCAUUUUCCUUUGGGGCAUACAUUUUUUUGAUGCAUUGCAUUUUUUUUUCUUUUGCAAAUCUAUUAUCAUCUUUUAAAUCUGAAGCUAAGUUAUAAUCCAUCCAAAGUAUCAGAAUUCUGAGAAGAGAUGCAAAUCACAUCCAAUUGAUGAGGCCAAACAUUAUAUAGUUCAAGAACUAAAGGGGUGUUCCAAAGAAAUAACUCAUCAUACUAAUUGAUAUGAAAAGGAUAUUGAAAGAUUCCAAGAGGCUUUUAUUUAUAGUAGUGAUAUUUUCCUAAUCAAUCAACUAAUUGCAUGAGUAAAUCUCAACCCUUGAUAACUUCCAAAUUAUUGUGUACUGUUGAUGACUGACUGUGUUGACCUAUUUGAUGCUGAGCAUGAAGUUCUUUCAUGAGUUUCUUCGGAAUUCUUUUGCCAUUUUAGCAUUUCGGCUUAGGUAGGUGAUAUAUUUUGGUUCAAACGACCUUUCUUUUUUUCAAAUACUUACA